AUGAAGAGACUUUUAACUCAUUUUUCCAAACAUAAGGCCGAAAAAACAAUUGAAGGAGACACACCUAAAUCUCCAUCAGUACAUACAAAUGACUCUACAGCUAGUGAAAACACCAGUGUAAAUAGCAGUAUAGCCGGGUUUACAUUGGUAGAGUAUUUGUGGUCUGAAAGUGACACGAUAGCUCUGGUGGAAUUGUAUGAAAAGCAUGAGUGUAUAUGGAAUAUUGGUUCUAAAGAUUAUAGAAAUAAAUUAAUGAGAGACGCUGCCUACGAAGAUAUCGUCAAGACACUUAAAAAAGAUAAUUUUGGCGUGACUGAACUAAAACAAAAAAUAAAAAACUUAAGGUGUACUUACAACCAAGAACUAUUAAAAAUAAAAAAAUCACAGAAGUCUGGUAGUGGUGUAGAUGAUCUAUAUGUUCCAAAUAUAAAAUGGUUCAAAUUGAUGGAUUCAUUCAUGAAAAAUGUCAAGUCUGUGAAAAUUAGUUGUACACAGGACAAUGCAGAAAGUGGAGGUAACGAAGAAGGGCUGUUGGAAAAUGUAACAGGUGUAUUCACAGAAAUGUCUACAACGCCGAUGACAACAACUGUAGUUGCUGGAAACCCACAAGUGCCUACAACACCAACUGCAAAAACUCCAGUAGUUAUAAAAACAUCAGCUAAAAAAAGGAAGCUACAUCAUUUUACAACAGCAAUUACAGAAUUGCGUAAUAUUCAAAAUGAUUUAAAUAAAAUGGAUUCCACUGAAAUAAGUGAUAACGAUGCGUUUGGCCAGUACGUUAUUGCAUCACUUAAUAAGUUGUCACCAAGGCAAGCUAUUUUGGCUCAAAGUGAUAUACAGUCUCUUUUGACCAAGUAUCGAUUAGCAGAACAGUCUGGGUCAAACAGUUUUCAUUCUACGUCACCACAAUCUUUUUAUACAACUGAUGAAGAUACAUCUACACAAUACAAUAUAGCAACUGAUCAAGAUACAUCUACCCAAUACACUCUACUAUCAGCCAACACAGGCAACGAACAUGAUGAAGAUAACAGGGACAAUAUCAUCGCAAAAGCCUGGUCAUUAAUUUAA